GACUCUCUGUUCCGCGCUUUCAACCCUCAUUCUUCUUCCUCCGUCGUCGAUCCCCUCUCUCUCUCUCUGUCUUUGACCCAUCGAGUUCAGCGCACAGUCGCACUAAGAAGAUGCACAAAGCUCCGUCGGCUUCCUCCCUCGGCCCCGGCGGCUUGGACCUGACCCAAGCCUUCUUCAAGCCGAUCCAGAACACCGCGCCGCCGUCUCCCACCAAGCGCCACACCAAGAUCGCCGUCGUCGGGGUCGGCAACGUCGGCAUGGCCAUCGCCCAGACCAUCCUCACCCAGGACCUCGCCGACGAGCUCGCCCUCAUCGACGCCAAGCCCGACAAGCUCCGCGGCGAGAUGCUCGACCUCCAGCACGCCGCCGCCUUCCUCCCCCGCACCAAGAUCUCGGCCUCCGUCGACUACUCCGUCGCCGCCGGGUCCGACCUCUGCAUCGUCACCGCCGGGGCGAGGCAGAUCGCCGGGGAGUCCAGGCUGAACCUGCUCCAGAGGAACGUGGCCCUGUUCCGGAUCAUCGUGCCGGCGCUCGCGAGGCACGCGCCGGAUUCGAUGCUGCUGAUCGUGUCUAACCCGGUGGACGUGCUGACGUACGUGGCCUGGAAGCUGUCCGGGUUCCCGUCGAACCGGGUCGUCGGGGCGGGCACGAAUCUGGACUCGUCCAGGUUCAGGUUCCUGAUCGCCGAUCACCUCGACGUCAACGCGCAGGACGUGCAGGCCUACAUCGUGGGCGAACACGGCGACAGCUCGGUCGCCUUGUGGUCGAGCAUAAGCGUCGGCGGAGUCCCGAUCCUGAGCUUCCUGGAGAAACAGCAGAUCGCGUACGAGAAGGAGACCCUCGAGAAAAUCCACAAGGAGGUCGUGGACUGCGCCUACGAAGUCAUCAGCCUCAAGGGCUACACCUCGUGGGCGAUCGGGUACUCGGUCGCGAGCUUGGCGCGGACCCUGCUCCGGGACCAGCGUAGGAUCCACCCGGUCUCGGUGCUGGCCAGGGGGUUCUUCGGCAUCGAGGGGGGCGACGUGUUCCUGAGCUUGCCGGCCCAGCUCGGCCGCGGCGGCGUCAUGGGCGUGACCAAUGUGCACAUGACCGACGAGGAGGCGGAGCGGCUGAGGGGGUCGGCGAGGGCCAUCUUGGAGGUGCAGGGUCAGCUGGAUUUGGGCAUUUGAGGAAGAUAAUGAAAGAAGCCCUUCCCUUUUGUUUCUCUACGUUGGCAACUUUGAACGCCCGGAUUGUGUUUCUUUCUGAGAUUUAGUCCCUAAAUUUUGGAUGAUUGCAAAAGAAACCUUGAUGAUUCUCCUAUGUCGCAAUUAAGCCCCUCCCCAGUAUUACUACCAAUGAAAAGAAUGUAAAAGAGCUUUGAUCUCUUCUAAUAUAGUCUAAUU